GACAAAUUUGAUUAGGCCAACUUGGCAACUUGCAAUUAUUUCAAGAGUUUUUGCAACUUUUAGUCUAGGCUUGUAUUAUAGUUAUAUCUUUGAUUAUUGUAUCAUCUUAAUACAUUAGAUGGCUGACGAAGAAAAAAUUAUUCUAGUCACAGGUGGAAGUGGUUUGGUAGGCAAAGCUAUACAAACUGUUAUUAAAAAAGAUAAUCUUCCAAAUGAAAAGUGGAUUUUUAUUAGUUCAAAAGAUGCAGAUCUAUGUGAUAAAAAAAGCACAGAAAAUUUGUUUGAAAAGCACAAGCCUACUCAUGUCAUUCAUUUGGCGGCUAUGGUUGGUGGUUUGUUUCAUAAUAUGACUCAUAAUUUGGACUUUUUGCGUAAGAAUCUUCACAUGAAUGAUAACGUUCUACAAACAGCCCACGAAUAUGAUGUUGUGAAAGUUGUAUCUUGUCUUUCAACUUGUAUUUUCCCAGACAAAACAUCAUAUCCAAUUGACGAAACAAUGGUACACAAUGGACCUCCUCAUCCAUCAAACUAUGGAUACAGCUAUUCCAAACGAUUGAUAGAUGUACAAAAUAAAGGAUAUUAUGAUCAGCAUGGAAGAUUGUACACUAGUGUCAUUCCGUGCAAUGUGUUUGGACCACAUGAUAAUUUUCACCCAAGUGCUAGUCAUGUAAUUCCUGGUUUGAUGAGAAAACUGUACAAUAUCCUAAAAGAUGGUAACACAGAGGACAAGGUUUUUACAGUAUUGGGCACUGGUAAACCGUUGAGACAAUUUAUCUACAGUCUGGAUUUAGCAAAAUUAUUCGUAUGGGUCUUAAGAGAAUACGACUCAGUGGAACCUAUAAUUUUAUCAGUUGAUGAGUCGCAAGAGGUGACGAUAGCUCAGGCAGCUGAGGCAUUGGCCAAGGCAUUCGAUUUCAAAGGGAAAAUUGCCUUUGACACUUUGUCAGCUGACGGACAAUACAAGAAAACGGCGAGCAACGCCAAGCUCAGAAAGUUCUUGCCAGAUUUUCAGUUUACUCCCUUCGAGCAAGCUAUCAAAGAGACCGUAGACUGGUACAAAGAGAAUUACGACAUUGCUAGAAAUUAAAGAUAGACCGUCUGUGGUAUCAACUACAAUUGCUUCAAAAUUGCGUCCAGGGUCGACGGGAAAUUGUACAUGAAUGAAAAAUUGCAUUCCCAAUGCUCUCAGGUACCUGAGGAUACGAUUAUACAUGCAUUGCCUAUACAUUAAAUACCUGUAUAUACAUAUAUUGAUAAAUAACUAUUUUUGAAGAGAAAACUGUUAUCGGAAUAAAAAAUUUGAUU